UUUUUUUUUUUUCAUAUAUAUCUCUAUGACUGGAUUUGACCUCAAUACAACAACUCUUCCUUCACGUUCUGAAUCACCCAAUGAAGUUAUAAACAGGAAUAGAACCUCACAACAACAUCAAGAUACUCCUCGAGCUAGACGGUUUUCAGAAAAACUUAUCAACGCAGCAAAAAAGUCUCCGUUGGCAAGAUUUCCACUACAAAGGCCUACUCCCUCUACAUCAUCUUCUUCACAAUCUCCACCAUUAGAUUAUGACAAGGACGACGAAUCCAUAGGUGAAUUAAGUUCUUGCUUUUCUUCGCCACAACGUGACGACCAAGAACUCAAUAGACAUUUACAAGACUUGAUGUUAUCUCCUUUCCGUUCCGAUAAUAUCAAUGACCUUGCAUUAUAUCGAGCCUUAUCACCAGAAUCAUCUACUUCUACCAAAAACUCUACCACUCCAACUCGGCGGAAAAUACGCGACAAACGAUCGAACAAACAACAACAACAUAUUUCAGAUUCUCCUUCACUAUCAGCAAAACCAAAAAGGCGCAAACUGAAACAACAACGAACCUCUUCAUGGCGAAUGGGUGCUGAUGCUACUUUAGAUACUACGACUGUACACUAUCCAUCUGAACAACAUCAGUAUGAUAAUCAGGAACGACAGAAAGAAGAAGAGGAAAGAAAACAAACUAGACGAAGUUCAAGAAUUGCAUCUCAAAAACAAGAAAAACGGUAUUCGGAUGAUGAUAUUAGAAGAACUCCCAAAACUCCUGUAGUACUUGGAACUCCUGGUGGUGUCAGAUCUGAAAAAAUGGAAACGGAAUGGAUACCUCAAGACGGAGAUGAUGAUGAUGAUAUUCACCCCCAUCAACGAACACGAAGGUUACGGCGACGAACUGAUAUCAUUGAAGAACGUCUCGAUAGACUCAUCACUGCACGGGAUCCGCUCGAUCUUAGCCAUCAUUCUGUAUUACCUAAAAAAUCAUCCUCUCCUGUCAUGAUUACACUUGAUGAUAGCGAUGAUGAUCACGAUAUGGGACUCAAGAAGAUCAAAAUGGAACCAACCGAAGUGUUUAUGGACUUGUCAUCACCACCUCCUUCUUCACCCUUGGAAACAACGGCAACAAAAUCAACUGAACGAUUCGAAAAGCCUUUAGAAACAACCGUCGUAGAUUUGAUUGAUGUGGAUGAAGAUAUAACCUUGACUCCAGCACCACUUUCAACAACUGUCAAUAUUGACGAAGAAAUUCCACCAAAACAAAUAGAGAAUAUUCAACACAUCGAAGUGGCAACUGAAACAUCACCUGUAUCAAAAACAGCACACCUGAUGGACGACAAUGACAAGGACGAGGAUAUGAUGGACACUGAUAUAUUAACAUCACCAACGACACCCUCUUUGACCGGUAAUGAAAUGCAACAACAACCACUUCUUUCGACCGAAGACCUCUUUAUAGCAAGUAAAGAAACUCUAUCAACAAACGAAAAUAAAAAUAAUCCGAGUGAUCAUACAACUGCGACUAUACCCAACUUGUCAUCACCAACAUCUCCAGCGUUACCUGACGAAACCAAUCAUCUAUCUUCAACCACUUGUAAUUCUACUUCUGUUGAUGAUUUGGCUAAACAAAAUGAUCCGAUACCAGAAAAUUCGAAUGACCAACAUACAACAACAACAACAACAACAACGACAGCAUCAUCAUCAUCAUCAUCAUCGUCAUCAUCAUCGCCAUCAUCAUCGUCAUCAUCAUCAUUAUCAUCAUCAACAUCGCAGAUUCCUGCACCAAUAGAUACACCAAACACUAUGGAUACGAAGGAUGGAACAAAUAGGACAGAUCAAAAAAUACCAACACCAUCAGUGGAACAGGAUAUCAAGAAUGAUUCAACAACAAUGCCAAUAUGCUCUCCGUUACCUUCCUCUUCCAUUGGCACACCAACAUCAUUGGCAGCGUCUGUAUCGUCAAUACCAUCGUCUUUGUCAGCAGCAAUGGCUCCUUCAUCACCACAGCAAUCAACCGGUCAUCCAUCAUCAGAGGAUAAAAAUAUUACCACAGUAUCCACUACUACUUUUGAAUAUACCAAUAAAUCAGCCAUUCACCAUGAUCAUCCCAAACAAGUCAAAGAUAUGUACUCAUUCUUAGCAAACGAUGCCACAGUAAGCAUAGAUACUACAACAAAUCUGGAUAAGCAAUCAUUGGAGGAUAAAGUACAGACAAAUGAACACCAAGGGGUGCCAACAUCUUCAUCAACGGAUACAACGGUAGAAACCAGCAACAAGUCGUCCAUAGGAUCCUCUAUUUUUGGUCAAAUGUUUGAUUCCGUAUCUCAUUACUUUUUGGGUAAUUGAAAAACAGUUAGAUACCAUUGCAUUCUUUUAUCUUUUUUUUUUUUUUUAUGAUUAUUUUUCUUGAAUAAAAUCAUUGUGG